AUGCUCAUUCAAGAGCUGUGGUUACUUGGAAUGGACUGGGACGAGGAGGUUCCAGAAGCAACACACAACCAAUGGCAAGCGUUCCAGGCCCAGCUAACUCUGCUCCAAGAGAUUAGCAUCGACAGAUACAUCGGCUGGACACCUAACCCACAGAAAUUAGAGCUGCAUGGGUUUUGUGAUGCAUCAACGCAAGCGUAUGCCGCAGUGGUUUACCUGAGAACCACUGGACAUAACGACAGUCUGGUAGAGGUCAAACUACUCCUAGGCAAGUCCAAGGUUGCCCCAAUCCAACACCAAACAGUCGCCAAAUUGGAACUGUGUGCUGCACAUCUGCUAGCCCGAGUACUAGAGAGAGUCAAGGACACAAUGGAGUUGGACGCAGUACCCAUGUACGCCUGGAGUGAUUCACAAAUCGUCCUCGCAUGGUUGCAAAAACAUUCAUCACACCGGCCGACCUUUGUCGCGAAUCGCGUGUCCGACAUUCAGACGCGAGUUCCAACAGCAAACUGGCGCCACGUGCUAACCUCAUCAAACCCUGCAGAUUGCGCCUCGCGCGAAGUACUUCUAGCGGAACUGGUUGCCCAUGAGCUCUGGUGGAGUGGACCCAGAUGGCUGAAACUUGAAUCAGGUCGGUGGCUUCAAUCCAACAAAAUAAAUAAUCCACUUAUUCAAACAGUUGCAGACGAGGCUGAAACUCUCACCGGUUGUACCGCGAGUCGCGCCACACAGGUGAUUGAUUAUCACACGACUAGAGAGAUAUUAAACCUUCCUCUUCGGUGCUCAUCAUGGCAAAAAAUUCGCAGGAUCACAGCAUACUGUGAGAAAUUCUUGAACGGACGACGAAAUCACCCCACAUUAACGCUUAAGGCCUUGUUGGGAAAGGCACAUGACUUCUGGAUCCGCCAAGUACAAGCUGAUGGCUUCGAAAAACAAUUAAAAUUGCUGGAAAAGGAGCAACCACUCUCCCCGAAGGACAAACUACUACGUCUAAAUCCUGCCGUAGAUCCCAAGGGCAUCUUGCGAGUGGACGGCCGCAUUACCAAGGCCUCGAUCCUGUAUGAUGAAAGACACCCCAUCAGACUGCCAGCGGGAAGAAUUGCCGACCUCAUCAUCGAUGACACCCACCGCAGGACACUCCAUGGCGGACUACAGUUGACCCUCAACACUUUGAGACAACGAUACUGGAUUAUAAACGCGAGACGACUCGUCAAAAGCCACAUCCACAAAUGCGUAAAGUGCAUAAGAUUCGAUAGAAAUCCAGUACAUCAGAUUACCACCGGUAAUCACCAGUAA